UAAGUCUUCGGCGUUUAUUUUGGGUAUAACGGGUAGGCGAAACCCCACUCGACUUAACAGCACAUUUUACAUCGUCAUUCAUCUGUGACAGAUGAAAGGACGUGCCUGAGAACAACACAUUGGUGAAGAUUCGUUCGUUCCGCACUUAAAAUUCAUAAACUGUAAUCGAAGUCCAGAACUGACCUAUCAGCUCCGGCGUAGCCGCUUUUGUUAGUAAGCUGUUCUUUAUGAUCAGUAUUGAUUUUUGCGACGGUCCGUGUGAUUAGAUUCGCUCGGAAUUUAACUGGUCGACCGCAUCAUUAGAAUGUUUAGCUCCGAGUAACGCUGAUCAGAGCGACAGAUACCACGAUUUAGCUACGUGGACUUAAUUGAAUUUCAGCUAACAUAUUUCAAACAGCGGUUGAACCUGGUAAAUACCACAGGGCUUCAAUUCAUGAGCGUUUUGCUGCAACUGUCAAAGAGUUUACGUUUCUUGCGGGUAUUCCAGAAUCUCCUAAUUACAUGUUCUGAGUGAGCUGCUAUAAACGAACAGUGACUGAUUGCUCUGAUAUAGCUUCAGAAGCCUCUUGUUCCAACAUCUGUACACGACAGUGGCAAAUUUGGUCAGCUGAAGAGCCAAUUGCAUCGUCUCUUAUUUCUACUGGUAUCUACAGGGACUGUUCGAGUUUAUUUCAUUCACCUCUGGUUAUCAUAGAUACAAAAUGAAAUGAGGGAAUUAUGUCAUAUGUGGAAUAAUUUCGGAGCAAUGACAGAACACGAAGGAACACCACGAGGAUUAUUCGUGAGAGCGUGUUUAUUACAGGGCUAAAAUGGGUUACACGAAUUUGAGAGAUUUCUGCGGAUAAAUAAGACUGCUUCGUAGAGAAAGAACACCAUAAAUGUGCUUUGUCUACUUCUAAGAGCGGCAAGCAAGCACCCGUUUGAAACGAAGGUCUGCCGACAGACACGCACCGGAAACGAAACUCUUCGCGAUAUUAACUGCGAGGGAAUGACCGAGCGAUUGUCUCCAACAGCGAAAGAAACACGUCGAUUUGUUUGGAUUUUAGGAAAGUCGAGAACUCUGUUUUUGUGAUGAAAAAGACAAGGGCAAAAGACGAUUCAGAAGCUUACCAACACCAUUACAUUUAUAACAGAGAUGACGAAAUCCGCAGAAGCACAGGGUCCAUUUAUGGAGGUGAUAGCCCAUCAAAAGUGAAACCACAACCAAUGCAUGUCCGAAGUAACAGCGACACAAGUGAAAUAAAUGUUUCAGUGAGAAAUAACUACAUCGAUGGGCAUGCUGCAGAAGCCCAUUCUCCCACAGGAGAGAGUUUCUUUGCCAUAAUAAGAAAAUUUGAGCAAAACAUUCAAGAUGGACAGAAAUCGGUUCAAAAGUCCUGGUUUUAUGACAAUGAAAACCAGAAUUACCUUGUUGAUGGGCUCAGAGGAAAGACUGGUACAAGCUCUGCCAACUCAAGUCCCUUGGUUGAAAGAAGAACUCCUCUCUUACGUCGUAGAAACUCUUUGAGAAACAACAGUUAUUUUGGGAGAGUUUUUAAAGGUUCAGGGGAUGCGAAGGGAGGAGAGGAAGAGGUUGGAGAUGAACCAUCUAGAAAAUAUUUUGCACACUAUGACUGUCGCAGUAUAACAGUUGAUUUUGAUGAGCUGGCACACACAUUUUCUGCUCAAGGUGAUGGACUCAAAAGGAAGAACACACGCUCUGGUGCUUCAGCAGCAUCAACUCAGGUUACUGCAGCAACACUUGCUGACAGAAUGCAAAGACGUGGCUCAGACUCGAGUGCAGGCACAAAUGAGGACAAUCUUCCUGACAUGGGAGAUGACAAAAGUAAUGGGCUUGUUCUGAACUGUCCCUAUUUUCGCAAUGAACUUGGUGGUGAGGAAGACCAAGACCCUCAGAUUGGUCUAACUCCAGAUAAUGUGGCAUUUCAAAAUCUUCAUGAUCCAAUGCAUCCCAAGGAACCAAAAUUGGACACAUUGAGGAGAAGGUCAACCCUUGAUAUUCUGUUAACUGCUUACGACUCGGCACAGGUUGGAAAUUUAAGCAGUGGAACAGGUGUGACAAUUCUUGACAACUCAACACCCGAGAGUGGUUUUUUAUAUCUUGGGGAGGGAUACUACAAUGAAGAUGGAGGAGUAUUUGAACAUGUGGAUCAUGGAUCCUAUUAUUACAAGAACUUUUUCCUCGGUCAAGAACAUCUGAAUUAUCUUGGUAUGGAUGAGAGAUUUGGCCCUGUUGCGUUGUCCUUGAAACGAGAAAAGCUUGAUGAAAGCACUUCUCUACUAAACACAGGGGAGGCAGAAGGCAACACUUAUCAAUAUCGCAUAAUUGCUCGAUCUAGUGAAUUGACAACACUGAGAGGAAGUAUCUUAGAGGAAGCCAUUCCAUCAACUUCAAGACAUGGUUCAGCACGUGCCCUCCCAGCUAAAGAUAUCCUUGAACAUGUGAUUCCAGAGUUUCAGUUAACUGCUCUUAGGAUGGCGCAACCUGGUAUAAAGGUUCCAGAACAGCUUGCGAAACUUGAUGAACAAGGGAUGACCAAUCAAUACAAAGUUGGUGUGUUAUAUGCAAAGAAUGGCCAGGGUACAGAAGAGGAGAUGUAUAACAACCAAACAUCAGGCCCAGCUUUCGAAGAGUUUCUUGACUUGAUUGGUGAAAGAGUUACCUUGAAAGGAUUUGAACGUUAUAGAGCCCAGCUGGAUAACAGAAAUGACUCCACUGGGGAGUAUUCAGUGUACACACAGUUUCAUGGACGUGAAAUUAUGUUUCAUGUAUCAACGCUUUUGCCUUGGACACCCAACAACAGACAACAGCUUCUGAGGAAGAGACACAUUGGAAAUGACAUUGUGACAAUUGUGUUCCAAGAACCUGGUGCUCUUCCAUUUACACCAAAGAACAUCAGAUCUCACUUUCAACAUGUUUUUAUUGUGGUCAGAGUUUUCAACCCUUGCUCAGAUAACACAUACUACAGGGUUGCUGUAAGUCGUUCAAAAGAUGUCCCUCCAUUUGGACCUAAUAUUCCUGCAGGUGCAAAGUUUGGAAAGACACAAGCCUUUGCCGACUUCCUCUUGACCAAAGUCAUAAAUGCAGAAAAUGCUGCCCACAAGUCAGAGAAGUUCAGUGCUAUGGCCAGAAGAACCAGACAUGAAUACCUGAAAGAUCUUGCCACAAAUUUUGUCACCAACACCACACUAGAGACUGGGGCUAAAGGAAAAGGAAUCUUGAGAUCAACCAAGAAGAAGGAGAAAGUUCGUCCUCCAAUUUCUCCAGAAAAAGUCUCCAGAGGUGCAUUGGUUUGGAAUGUGCAGGUUGAAGAUUACAGGAAUGCCUCUAUGAUUGAGUGUAAGAUGGGAAUCUCUGCAGAUAGUCUGGUGCUCAUUCACUCCUCAAGCAAAGAAGUGCUAUUUAGCAUUCCAGCCAAGUCUGUCAUAGGAUGGACAUCCUUAUCACAAAGCAUCAAAGUGUUUUAUGGCAGUGGUUAUUGUCUGGUGUUGAAUAUUCCAACACGUGAUUCAGAUGACAUCCCAGAGAUUGUCAGGCGACUGGAAGAAAUUUCUAUUGGUUGUCAGACUCAAACAAUGACUUUGCGGCGAAAUGGUAUGGGACAGUUAGGAUUCCAUGUACGGUUUGAAGGCCUCAUUGCGGAUGUCGAGCCUUCUGGAUUUGCUUGGCAGGCAGGGCUAAGACAAGGAUGCAGGCUUGUGGAGAUCAACGGGAUGAUAGUAGCCACACUGAGUCAUGAUCAGAUGAUUGACAUCUUGCGUAAGCCAGGUUCAGUGACGGCUGUGAUAGUGCCACCAUUCCAGAGUGGAAAGCCAAGAAAGGGUAUCCAGCCGACCACUGGUUCCUACUGGAGCUCCUCCAAUCGUGCCUCGGUCACAACCAUGUCGUCAUUCGGCAGUGCGUCAUCAGUGGCAGAGGAAGGCGAGUCACGUGAUCACUCGGCAGCCUCGUCUUCAUCCAUAUCAGCCCCUGACAAUAGUAGAAAACAGCCGCCAAAAGGUUUGACGUCCAAGAACGAAGUGAAAGGGAAGGAGAGUCCAUGGAUCAUGCGCUCGAAUAAUGCGGCUUCCAUGGAUGGCAGAGCUAUGUACUCAGUCUCCCGUCCUCCUGACCCACCGUUGUCGCCCAGUGCGAGCUCAGCCUCGUCUGUCAGCGGCAGCACGUCAACGCUUCACGAAACAUCACGACAACAAGCUGCUACCUACGGGGCUUCAUACACUGUGACAAGCAUUACUCCAACAGAUCCUAGACACCAGGCGUCCUCUGAAGCACAAGUAACGCCAAAAUGGAGCGGGCAUUUAGCGGUAGAUUCAGACCCACGGCCAGCCAAGCCUGUUGGUGUGACGUUAAAGGCCCAUACAGCUUCAGGCACCUUAUAUGCCAUCGCCAGCGGACCCUCGUCUCCGCCAGCGUCUCCGCGUACUCCAGAGACCCCCAUAUUUGGAAGUACUUCACAGAGACAUCGCAGAGUGGUUGUGAAUGGUCAAGGGGAUGGAAACACUCCUUUAAGGAUAGAGGGAAGUGUACAGGAUGGGAGACCGCUAGCGGACAGUUAUGGUACUAUUCGUGUGAACAUUGAACCGUCAGUAGCGUCAAUGCCAAAUGACAAAGCACGAGAACCAGAUGUUGCUAAUGGUGAGGUGAUGCAAGCUGCUGCUUUGCCUUUUAAAGAAACAAGUCUUGGAGCAGUUAUUACUACUGUCAACACUUACAAACAGAAACAAAGCUACGAAGACAUCAGCGAAGCCUCUAUGUCUGACACUGUCGAUCAGAUCGAACGCGCGUUUGGUUUUAAAACACCUGACAUGAUCUCGAACGGAACUGGGAGCCUGGAGCGGAACAGCAGCAUGCGAGUGAAGAACGGAGACAGGAGCCCUUCCGAUUCUAUGCAGGACAUUCACCUGACCCGCCGUGUGCAGUCAGGGGAUUCACUGAAUCGAUACAGUGAUGAUGACGAAACUCCCAUAAAUAUUCUGAAACGACUGUCAAAAGAAGCCAACAGAGAGCAGGACAGAGUGAAGCAGAGAAAGAGCGAAGGAGAUCUGCCACAUAAUAUGAUUAAAAGCAGGACAACCACUGUGGUCGAAGCAUCACCAACAUCGGUUGAAGUUAAGAAAGAAGCCGGAAGGAAGUCUGAGUACGAAGCGCGGAUAGCCGCAAGAAACCUGCUUAUAGAACGCUUAGAAAAUCACAGGCAAUCACUCGAAAGCCACAACGUAGAGGGAAUCAAAAUUUACCAUGCUAAAAGUAGAAGUACACCGGCUGAUGGGGCGAAAAGGUUAAAUGGCGAAAAAUCGCACAAGGCGCGGCAGACCUCGCAGGAUGACAGUGCAAAGACUUCUUUAGAGAGGGACGGUGUGGAAGGAGUGGGGAAAGGUGAUCAUUAUUUAAGGCGGAAGAAAUCUGCUCCUGAAUCACCAAAUGUUAAGACAGUUCGUACUCCAGAUAAUUACCGAGCAGGCAAACCAGUGGUACGCUCUGAACGAAAAAUCCGCUUGACAAGUUCUGCGAGUUCGAGCGGUCAGACACCGGAAAAAAGUCAAACAGUACCCCGUCAGAGAUCAAGCCGGCGACAGAGGCAUGCGUCCAAACAGAUGGCUGCUGCCAAUGGUGGAAAUUCAGAUUCAUCUGAUGAAGGACGUAAUAAUCGAUUUUCGCGAAGUGGAGAUUCCGUCGAUGCCAGUCCAUCCGUUGUGGAAAAGCUUCUUUUCACGCCCGAUAGCAACAAAAAGUCGAAGAGUCUCCCGCGCGAGUUGGAAUCAGGAGCGAUGCCACACGCGAGUGACUCUCGCGAAAUGCGGAGUCAUCGCUCGCAUUCUCAUUCGCACUCAUCACAUCUCAAAGGAGCGCGUAUUACCAAGAUUAAAAUGAGCGCAAGCGAGGAACCCAAUGAUUCUAUUGUGGAUCAGACCUCGCGGCUGUUACACGCCGCUAAAGCUGUCAAAUACGACAAAGGAUCUUCCCUUGUCAUAGCUGAAGAUGUGUUGCACUCACUAACUCGCGCGUCUGAUCUGCUCCAUCAUCAGUCGUCGGCUGCCAGGGAGGAGAAGGAAAGAGACAGGAAGGAUAAAGACAAGUCACUUAACAGAAUAAAGGCACCUGGCCGUGGUCGUUCACAUGGACCUCACAAGUUUUACAUCCCUGUUGUGCCCAGGAGACACAGCUUCGAUGAAAGAAUAUUCGCCGCACCGAGUGCCAAAGGCAAUUCUGGUGAAAGUCUGCUGACGAGAGAGAGUAUAGGAAAGGAAGCAGAACUUGAGAUGAAACUUGCAAUCGUGUCAAACGCCUUGAUGAAGGAAGGAGAAGAGAGACACCGAAUGGAUGUUGAAUUAAGAAGACUUCAGAGAGAAAACAAAAGACUUCAAGAUGAUCUCCGGACCGCCUCGCACCAACUUCGGAAAUUUUCCGAGUGGUUUUUCACGUCAGUUGAACCAAGUAACACGUGAUACAGACACCAUGAAUUGUUCGUUGGAUAAGUUUCUAUUUUAAAACGUUUCUUACAUCGUUCAUAGAGUUAAGCCUUUUAAAGUAUUAUUGAACAAGUAACGUUUAUUAAGAGAAAGGUGCUAUUCUUUACAUAUCUAAGAUUGAACUGGUAAAAUAGCUUGAAAGAUGUUGUAUUUUCAUAGCGUUUGAUAUAUUAAGGCAAGUAGUAUAUGUAACAAAUUGUCAAAUAUUUUCAUUGGUUGGUUUUCGACCCAGGUGUCCAAUUUUAAACGACCGCCGUCUGCAUCAUCAAAGAGACCUGUCAUGCUUUAUUGCCUUGCUGGAAGAGAAUGAGUCGCGGAUUUUGGUUUAGUCAUAAAAUUUACCAUAUAUGGCUAUGGUUUUGUAGUCCUCCCUUUAUACUCCCCUCCUCCUCCCCCCUUCCCCCCUUCCCCGCCUAAAAAAAAAAAAAAAAAAAAAAAAAAAAGAAAGAAAAAAAUCCUUCGACCUUCCGUUCAAGGCGAUAAAAAAUGACUGGUCCUUAAUAGCAAUGCUUUCUUCGCUCUUUAUUUAUGGAUCUUUAUCCUUCACGAUAGUCUUUUUCUGUUGGUUAAUAUAAUCCUAUGUAUGAUUUAUACUACAGAUACCUUUUUUGACCUCUGGUUGAAUUGCACCAUUUUUUCUUUUGUCGCUAUGUUAAAUAAUUAUAGUUAUACUGAAUGGUUUGACGUGGGUACGUAAAACCUGGGUGAGAGUAUUCCAAGACAGGAUUAUUGUUGGUGAAAGUGAACGUUUGGACAUCGUGAACUUAAGAGUUGUUUGCCAGUCUGGCUCAUGAAAUGUGAUUAGUCAGUCCUUUUUUUUUUUGUUCGCUAGUUAUGGUGAUGUUGUGAUUGAGUUCUUUGUCUGAUAACGAGAAAUCUAUUGAUAGUCACUUUCACCAAAAGCGGUCCUUAGCAGGUUUACAUUUAUCCUGACUAUCAAAUCACGUCUUGAAUUGACAGCGGUUGUGGCAGGUUUUAAGUUUCGAAGUCUACGAGGGAAAUAAACCUCAGCACAUGUAAGUAAGGAAUGAAGGUUCUUUUGCCUUGCUGAAAUGUUUGGAGCAACUGUUUGUUUAUUAUUUCGUUUACACUUGAGUUGAAAACUUCUUUUCUCCUUACAGUACACCAUCGAUUACUUGUGAUGAAGCCUUGGGGGAAUUUUUAUCGACACUUCUUUAAGGUUUUCGAGCACGGUAUCCUAGGAAAGUAUAAAUAUUUUCAGGAAAGAUGGUUUCCUUUUGGACUUGUUAGGGGAAUUUAAUACGUUAGUAAAGUAAAUUGAACAUAAGUUUAGGUCGCGUGCAUUUUUAAAUUUUUGUCGGGAAGUAAUUCGAAAAUGAUCUAGAGGGAUAGAAACAUUUAGCCAUUAACAGAUUUAUUCGGUGGAAAAGCCAUUCAUUGAUCAAAUAAUACUUUUAUCGUCAGCUGAUGGCGUCACUGUCCGGAUAAUUUCAUAGUUUUUCUCGGGCCUUUGAACUUGAUCGAUUUUUCCCAAAAUGACUUCUAUACUUGUUACCUUAACCGAUACAGCAUUAUAAUAUAUAUACAUUUGGUCUUUAUUUUUACCAUUUAUAUAUCGUUUGUUAAAUACAACAAGUAUCCUAUUUAUAACUUUGGAUUUCAAAUAUUUUAUACUUCCAUUUUCCUUUUCACUUAUGCGAUUUUCAGCUUAUUUUGUAACAAAAGUUAUGAAUCGUUACAUUUUGGAAUACGGGGUCUUACAAUUUUCAUUGUUUCAAUUGUUCGUCAGUAGUUUGUGGAUAGCUCGUCCAGUUAUACUGAAGGUAUUUGUGGCUUUCAUCCCAUAAAAUCGUAAGAAUGAUUCACGUGUAAGUUCGUAGAGCAAUUUUUAAUUCAGUGUCGAAAAUUAUCUGAGGUUGGAUUGGUUUUGCUUUACUUCGCUCUGUGAUUGCGUCAGAAAACUUGCAAAAACUGAAACCAGUCACGAGUUGGUCAUCGGCAUUUUCCCGCGCUUUAAGCCGUUUGGGUGGGUUUUCAUUUUGAUUUUUCAUUGGCUCUUAAAGGUAUUUUCCUCUCUUCUAUUUAGUUAACAGAUAACGAGAGUAGAACAACAUAACAGCAAAAUCUCCCAACUAACUUACAACGAAACGAUCACAGCUGGAAAGGAGAUUUUAAGUUUGGUCUAGCGCUUGUUUUCCCGGGAAAACUCUUUUUAUCUUAGCUUCAGAGUCAAUGUCUGUUGUGCUUAAACAAUAUGUGUAACUUUAUCUUUCAUCCGCGCUGCCAAUUUAAGGUAACUUUGUAUCAAGACAUCUUUCUCUCUUGCUUUCAUUUGCUGAAAAACCGAGCGGGAGAAUCUGUCGGAUACCAAAAUCUUUUUAAUAAUCCUUGAGAGUUUUGUGGUCGUGAUGAUGAAUUGAAUUGAAUUGAAUUAAGGAAGCAUUAGGCUUCAAUAAUCAUGCAUGAUAGAGGAAUGAAAAUAAAGCUUGACAAUCUCUAAGGAAGAUACGCAGAUUUGCAGCCGCCAAAGAGGGGCUCAUUUUGUAAAAUUUCUAUGCAUAAGGCCGUCUUGUACACAGUUUCUGGAAAAAAAAUAAAGAGACGUAAGAAAAUA